AUGACAGUUACAUUGGAAAGUUUAAAUGAAGAAAAGUUACAGAAUUAUCACAACAAAAGAAAAUAUAAUUGUCGUAUGACAUUUACAAGAUUUACAAAAAAGAGAUUUAAAAAUAAAGAUAAUAAUAAGGAAGGAAAAAUUAAUAUUAGAACGUCCUUAAUUAAGAAUGAAAUUAUUGGUGAUGACAAUGAUGACUUUAUAGAUAAUAGUUUUAUGAGAACUUGUCAUAAAUUUAAAUUUUAUAAAAAUAAUCGAACGGAUGUAUAUAAUCCUUAUGAUCGAAAAUUAGAAAAUUAUAAUUAUGAAAGAGACGAAACAUUUUGUUCUUUAACUGAUCUUGAUGAUAUUGUACAUGAUGAUAAGAAAAAAAAAAAUAAAUAUUUUAUUUAUAAAAAUAAAAGUUUAAAUGAUUACAACUCCUGUUUUGAAAAAAAAAGUAAAAGACUUAAAUGGUUCCGUUUAAAAAGAAAAAAAAAAAAAGAUUAUGUUAAUGAAGAAAGUAUUAAAUAUCUUAAUGAAUCUGUCUGUUCAAAUUUUAAAGAGGCAAAUAAAAGUAAUCAAAUUCAAAACUCAUCUGAAUAUACUAGAGGUUGUGUUUUAAAUACUGUUAAUGGAAUUAAAGGAUUUUCAACAUGGAUUAUUUGA